AGUACAUUAGUACAUUAGUAUAUUUCCAAGUCUAACAUCAAUCCAGUAUUUCUUCACAGAGAGGAAACAAAAACAGCCAAACAGAAUGUGCAGCCAGUUCAUUUCUUCAGCCAAACUGAUGGUUCUGAGCUUUAAGUAGUUUUCCAGCUCGGAGGUCUACCUACAGUGAUUGGAAGAAUGUCUCUUUCCACAAGUACUUAACCUAAACUCCAGGAUUUUCUUGUGCACCUUUUUUUUCAAGGUCUCUGCCAAAUGAAAUCCAGCAAAUAACCAUAAGUGAAAGGGCCUUUUCAGCAUUACUUUUAUGGUUUUUUUGAACUGCUUCCUGAUUAAACCAUGAAUGGAAGUAUCAACGCUUCCAACUGGACAUCCUUCUCUGGGGAAUGCUAUCGAGAUACGAGGACAUCUCAUGUUGUAUUUCCAAUUUUGUACAGCAUUCUUUUCCUUGUGGGAUUUUUACUGAAUAGCAUGGCUGUAAUUGCUUUUUUCCAGAUUCCAACCACUUCAAGUUUCAUUGUGUAUCUUAAGAACACCGUAGUCUCCGACUCCAUCAUGACUCUCAUGCUGCCUUUCAAGAUUCUAACAGACUCAGAACUAGGAUUUUGGCAACUUAAAGCAUUUGUUUGUCGUUUUUCAGCUGUAAUAUUUUACCAGACCAUGUAUAUAAGUAUUGUGCUGCUUGGACUUAUUUCCUUAGAUAGGUUUCUCAAGAUCAUUCAGCCCUUUGGGAAGUUCUGGUUGCACAAGAUCACUUCAGCUAAAAUGGUCUCAUGGUUUGUCUGGCUCUUCUUUUUUGUCCUCUCCCUGCCCAAUGUGAUUUUGACAGACCGCGCGGCUACAUCUCUCCCAGUGAGGAAGUGUAGUUUAUUGAAAAGUGACUUGGGACUGAAAUGGCAUGAAGCUGUCAAUUACAUCUGUCAAAUCGUCUUCUAUACUGUGCUGUUUUUGAUGUUUCUAUUUUAUGUAAUUAUUGCUAAAAAGAUUUAUAGCUCUUAUAAAAGAACAAAGAUACCAGAGUGUAAAAUUAAACAAAAAGCCAAAAGUAAGGUAUUUAUAAUUGUAGCUGUUUUUUUCAUCUGUUUUGCCCCUUUUCAUUUUGUUCGGGUACCUUAUACUAUUAGCCAAAGUGGCCGAAGAAUGGGUUGUGUUAAACAGAAUCAGUUAUUCAUAGCCAAAGAAAGCACUCUCUGGUUAGCUACUGCAAAUAUAUGUAUGGAUCCCUUGAUAUAUGUAUUCUUAUGCCGGAAAUUUAUAGAAAAAGCAUUUUGUUUUAAAUUACAAAAAUCCAGGUGUAUAAUUCAAGAAAGUCCAACCCUGGCACUGGAUACUGGAAUAUCUACAUAGAUGUUCAAUUUUCAGUAAGUAAGUGUUGGAAACUAUUUUUGAAUGCUAAUUGCAGGCUAUUAAUAGAAAAAGAUUAAAUAACAUUCCUAUAUGAUUAGCUAAUAUGUCAUUGUAUCUCAAUUCCUGAGUUAUUAUUUUCUGAUGUGGGAAAAUAGAACUAUGCUUGUUAUUUGAAGGUGCUUCAGAGGCAAGACCACAGUGCUGUUAUCAUAGUCCUUUUUUUUAGAAAGUUUUUUUUUCUUAAAAUGAAAAUAGACUACCUGUGUUUAGUGCCAUACUUCGCUCCACAACAGAAUAUAGAUCUGCACUCCAAGGCUUUGGAUUUAGACUGUGUACUUUCUUUGACCAUUUUGGUUACUAUCAAUUCAUUCCUAUUAAAUAGUAAUUUGACUGGGAUUUUUUUAAUAAUCAUUUUGGUUGUAGAUAAAUAUUUCAGUAUUCUCCCAAGCAUUUAAAAAAUAAUUGUCCUAGUAUUCUGUAUUAGUAUAUAUUGCAAACGUCUUGUGAUAUAUUAUGUAAACCACCUAGAGAACGGUGUUUCUGAGUGAACUAAAUAAAUGUU